AUGGUUAGAAUAUUCAAAAGACUGAAUGGCACAAUAAAUGCUGAAAUAUUACCCUUUGAAACUUCUCGAAUUGUAGGCUCACAAGUGUUUAUGAAAUCUCCAUUAACACUUUGGAAGUCAAGUUUAUCAGCCUUAAUGAGCCGGGAAACUGUAAACGCAAUAAUAAGCAGCAACAAAGUGCGACAACAACUUAAUUAUCUUAAAUUCGGAUAUUGCUCUGAUGAAGCUUUAUGGGGUACAAUCGCUGGAAAUCCUAAAGAGCUAUACAUUCCUGGUGGAUUUGAUGCCAAUUAUCUUUAUGGAAGACUUUUUAAAGAGACAUAUCUAUCUGAUAUUAAGAAAAAACAAAUACAACGGCAAAAAGAACAACAAAAAGAACGAGAAGAAGAUAAACGACAGAAAAAUACUUCACAAUCCUCUCUACUUCCUAAAUACAAUGCAGCAGAACCUUUUAAUCUUUCUACUUAUUAUAUAUCAAGAUUUCAAGUUUGGAGGGAUGUGAAUCAAAUGUCAGGCUCUAAAGAAAGCAGAUGCGACGCAUAUUUCUGUCUUUGGAAGCAAAUUCACGAAAGGGCUUUAGAUUGGCAAACGCAGCAGAGAUUUGUAGGAUCGGUCUAUUCAGAACUACCCUUAGUAAAAAUGGCUAGAGGAGCACCUGAAGAUGAACUAAAGUUUUACUUUGAUUAA